GCCAGUCUGGGUUCCCGCCCGCCCGCCCCGCCGUUGCUCUGCUGGCCACACCCUCUGCUUGGAUUCGGCUGCCGCAGCUGCCCUCUCUUCACGAGGCUGCCGGCUCGGACAUGUCGCCCUCUGUUCACUUGUGCCUCGUCACCAUUGUUGGCCUGAUUCUCCCCACCAGAGGACAGACAUUGGAGAAGACCACACCCAUUUCUCUGGUGGACUCAGCCACUGUGAACACUGUGAACAUUCGUGUCCCGACUGAGACAUCAGACACUGUUCGCCCAGAACUCCAGUCCACCCUUCAGACUUCAACCCUGCAGGCUGGUGUAGAAACAACACAGACCCAGACAGAGACCCAGAAGCAGCAACCAACGGGAAUGGAUGUGCUUCUAAUCACAGAUCCGGGCACAGACAAGAGCAGCAUGGAAGGUUCGAGUGAGGAUGACCCCUUCUCCUAUGACGAAGUCACUCUCCGGAAACGGGGGCUGAUAGUCGCAGCUGUGCUGUUCAUCACAGGCAUUGUCAUCCUCACCAGUGGCAAGUGUAGACAGUUGCCCCGAUUAUGCCGGAAUUAUAACAGGCACAAUCAGAUAUGGAAAACCAGUACUGCUUGAUAUAAAUAGAAGAUAGCCAUAAAGAUAAACCCAAAGAAAACAAACAGGCAAAGAGAUUAAUUGUAUUCUAGCUGGAUAAUGAGUUGCUGACUGAAGGCACUGAGCCAGAGACCAGAGUCUACUCUGUUGGAGAAGGCCAUAAAGUGUCUUCCCAAAGACACUGCAGAGCUUGGGAGGCCUGAGACCACCAUCACUUCUGACACUAACUGCAAGUUUGUCCCCAAGACCACCCUCAGAUUCAAUAAUUUGCUGGAAGUGCUCACAGAACUCACUGAAAGCUGUUAUACUCAUAGUUACAGUUCAUUACAGUAAAAUAAACCAAAUUAGAAUUAGCCAAGGAAAGAAAUACAUGCCGCAGAGUCCAAGAAAGUUCCAAGCAUAGAGCUUCCAGCUGUCUUCUCCCAGUGGAGCCAUGGAUAAUGCUACUUUCUGGCAACAAUGUGCAACAACAUGCAUAAAGUAUUGCCACCCACGGAAGAUCCUGCAAGCCUUGGUGUCCAGAGCUUUUAUUGGAGCUUGAUCAGAAAGAAAUGACUAACCACCCAUGUAGUCACCUUAGUUUCUAGCUCCUCUGGAAGUUGAGCUGACACCUGUGGCCCAAAGACCCCACGAUCAAUUCCGUGGUUAGAAGCUAUCUGGGGUGACCCAAGACCCCUGAGUAAACAAAGAUGCUCUUUUCCAGGCAGGACACUCCAGGGGCUUACUUUCCAGGAGCUGAGAGCAUAAGCCAGACCUCUUUCUGGGUAAGGUUAAUUCUUUACUACACAGAUCCUUCCUCCCUCAUAUCAUUUGAUGAAUUAAAAGAUAUUCAGAAAGUGAUUUACUCUUCUGUGAUGGAAUUGAAGGUGAGUUAAAAUUAUCUGGGGCCUAAAAUCAUCUCAUGUGCCACCACUGGAGCACAGCCUGGGCUUGAGGAUUCACCAGCUCAGGAGAAUACCUGACAGCUUCCAGGGCAGAUCAAGGGCAGUGCUGACCCACUGCGUGGAUGAGUGGAGGAUUGACAAUCUACAUCCAUUCACCCCUCAUUCCAUCUUCCCAUGGGGUAGAGAUGAAAAAGCUAAUACUAUGUUUUCCAGAUGCCCCAGGGAUAGGGUUCUGGAUGUGGAUCAGCUCUGCUAAUCAGAGGCCCUGCUAUGAUAUUUGGAAGACCAAAAGAGAGACCAUCUUUCUAUCUAAUUGGCUAUUUUCUGCUGGCCAGUAUAGUUGUGAAGGUGAUGAGAUUUUUGGCCACACCAUUCCAAUGUCCAGUCACUAACCUGUGGGCAUUGAGAUGCAGUUAUGCACAUACACACAAAAGAUAUCUAAAUGGCCAAUUAACACGUGAAGAAAUGCUCAAUAUCAUUGGUCAUCAGUAAAAAGUAAAUGAAAACCAGAAUGUUAAACUAUUUUACACAGAAAAGCUAAUAUUAAAAAGACUAACAAUACCAAGUAUUCAAGAGGAUGUGGAGCAAGUAGAAUUUUUAUAUAUUGCUAUAUCUUGAAGUGUAAAAUUGGUACAAUCACUUUAGAAAACUAUCAGUUUCUUUCCAAGGUAAAUGUACACUGUACAUACAACCCAACAAUUCAAUUCUUAGAUAUCUAGCCUAGAGAAAGAAAACCAGAUGUCCACACAAAGAUUUGUCCAUGACUGUUUAUAACAACAAUAUUUGUAAAAUAGCAAAAAACCGGAAACGACCUAGAAGUCCACAGUAUAGGUGAGCAGAUACAAAUUGUGGCAUAUGCGUGCAGUGGAAUACUGCUCAGCAAUAAAAAGGAGGGUCGACUGGUGCACACAACACAUGGAUGAAUCGCAAAAGCAUUAUUCUGAGUAAAAGGAGCCAGAUAUGAAAGAACUCAGACUGUAUAAUUCCACUUAAAUGAAUUUCUGGAAUAAGCAAAGCUAAUUGACGAUGAUAGAAGUCAGAAUAGUAGUUGCCUCGAAUAAUAUAGGAAAGCGGCAUGAAGACGACUCAAACUGAGUAAAUAUUAAACCAGGCUGCAUUCAGAACCUGCUACGUGCUGUUAGACACUGGAACUUGGCUGAUCGGCAUAAGACUAGGCCAGACCACAGGGAACCUACAAGAAAAUUACUGCUGAGAUUGCUAACAAGUACUUCCCAUGCUUUUAACGCUGCAUACCCAUCCCCUGAAAGGAAAACAGAUUUAAACCCAGCUCCUGGAAUACUCAAGGACUCAUUCUCUGGCUUUGAGAGGAGACCACUCUCUUGUCUAUGGAGCGUUAUUGCUUCUCGAAUAAACUUUCUUUUUUGUUUCUAA